AUGGUAACCAGAACAGUCCUCGGCUCUGCACUGCUUGCAGCCGCCGCCGCGGCAUUAGACGAUAUCCCGGCGCUCGGUCUGGGCACUUGGCUCUCUGACAGAGACCGCGUCCCCCACGCCGUCGAGUUCGGCUUGAAGAAUGGCUACGACCAUAUCGAUGCAGCAUGGAUUUAUCGGAACGAGGAUAAGACAGGCAAAGGGCUAGCUGCAGCCGAUCUCCCUCGCGAGGACAUCUGGGUGACAAGCAAGCUGUGGAACAGCGCCCACCGGACGUCCGAAGCAUGGAAGCAGAUCCAUGAGACUCUCGCUAACCUUGGCCUCGACUAUUUGGACCUCUAUCUCAUCCAUUGGCCUGUGGCAUUUGUCCCAGACGAGGGGACCAAGCUCGACAAGGAGACGAGCAUCGUGGACACCUGGCGGACACUAGAAAACCUUGUCCGGGCCAACCUCACCAGGAAUAUCGGCAUAUCCAACUUCGCAAAGGAGGAUGUUGAGGCCAUCCUCGAUAUCUGCGACAUCUGCCCGUAUGCCCACGAGUUCGAGACGCAUCCCUACCUGCAACAGCAGGAGUUUGUCGACUACCACAACGAGGUCGGGAUCAAGGUGAUCGCGUAUUCGCCUCUCGGCAACACCAAUCCCACCUACGACAACAAGCACGGCAACCUUGAGCCUCUGCUGAAGGACUCGUUCUGGACGGACAUUGCCGAAAAGAAGAACGCAACUCCCGCGCAGGCUGUGCUGGCAUGGGGCAUCCAGCGAGGAACGAUCGUCAUCCCUAAGAGUACCUCUGAGAAGCAUUUGACGGACAACCUCGGAGCUCUCGACAUCAAGUUUACCGACAAAGAGUUGAAGGAAAUUGCCAAGCACGACAAGAAAGCCCGCUUCAACAACCCAAGCAAGUCAUGGGGCGUGAAAUUGUUCGCCGAUUUGGAUGAUCACGUUGAUGACCUGAGAGAGGACGAGCUUUGA